UUUUAAAUUUUUCCCACCUUCUUAUUUUAAAUAUUUUUUUGCCAUUUCCUCUCCCGAAAAAUGAAACUUUGGACAUCACCCUGGGUGUCUUGCCUGGUGAUUCUCAUCUUGUGUUUUGGAUCAGAUUGCGGGACAGUCCGGCGAAAGGGGAGAUCCAAGAGGGAGUUGGUGCGCAUUAGGGAGGCGAAAGCCACCAUCCCAGGGGCUUGUGCCACACGUCUGCCCCGGGGCAAACGCUCUUUGCCCGGCUUGGAGCGACGGGUGCUUCGCCAGCGCCGGCGCUCCUCUCAGGCGGAGGAAAACUCUCCAGACCGGGGGAAAGCUGUCUAUUUCACCGGCAGGGGAGACCAGCUCCGGCUGAAGCCUGGCGUGGAGAUACCCAGAGGCAAUUUUACUCUGGAGAUGUGGAUCAAACCGGAGGGAGGUCAACGAUCGCCCACAGUGAUCGCAGGCCUAUACGACAAAUGCUUCUAUGCCUCCAGUGACCGAGGCUGGCUGCUUGGCAUCCAGGCGGUUAGUGAAUACGGGAACCGUGAACCUCGCUUCUUCUUCUCCCUUAAAACCGAUCGCGCCCACAAAGUGACUUCCAUCCACUCCAAUGCUCGCUACAUACCCAACCAGUGGGCACAUGUGGCCAUUACAUAUGAUGGUGUGUACAUGAAGCUCUUCAUCAAUGGGGCCCAGGUUGGCGUUAGUCGGGAGCAAUCGGGUGACGUCUUCAGUCACUUGACCAAAAAGUGCAAAGUCCUGAUGAUUGGGGGGAAUGCACUGAAUCAUAAUUACAGGGGAGCAGUGGAGAGGGUGGGUCUAUGGAGGCAGGCCCGAGGGCAGAGGCAUAUUAUCAGGGAUAUGCUGGGCCACGAGGACCCUCAAGAUCUACCUCAGCUGGUCAUUCGUGAAACCUUCGAGCACCCAGGCCGUAAGUGGCUGACUGUAAAAGAUGGUAGUUUUCCUCAGCCCGAGCAAGGAGGAGGUGGACGAUUUGGGAUUCUAGGUGGCGGUGGUGGCGUUGGAAAUUCGGAGGGAUUAUUGGACACAAACCUGGAGCCUCCAACUUGUGGUCAAACUGUCUGUGACAAUGUCGAGGUUGUUAAAAACUACAACCAGCUUUGGAACUUCCGUCGGCCCAAGAAAGUUCGAUAUCGCGUCAUAAAUAUUUGGGACGAUGCAAGGACAAGGCCAACUGUAUCAGACCACCAGAUCAGCCUGCAGCACCAGCAGCUCAAUGAUGCCUUUAGUCCCUACAACAUCACUUGGGAGCUCAGCAUUCACAAUGUGACCAAUUCCUCUCUACGUAACCGUUUGAUUCUAGCUAACUGUGAUAUCAGCAAAGUUGGUGACGAUGCAUGUGACCCAGAAUGCAACCAUCCGCUGACUGGGUACGAUGCAGGUGACUGCAUGUCUGGGCAUCGGAUCCGCUGCCCCGAACACAAGCAGGGGAAUGGUAUAUGUGACCCUGAAUGUAACUGGGAAAACUUCUCCUAUGAUCUUGGCGACUGCUGUAACCCCAAUGUGACGGACGUGACCAAGACGUGCUUCAACCGCUCCUCUCCUCACAAAGCCUAUUUGGAUGUGAAAGAGCUCAAAGAGAUUCUGCAUUUGGAUGGAUCGACUCACCUGAAUGUCUUCUUUGCCAAUUCUUCUGAUGAAGAUCUGGCGGGGGUUGCCACUUGGCCCUGGGACAAAGAGGCCCUCACACAUUUGGGUGGAAUUGUGCUAAAUCCCUCCUUCUACGGCACAUUCGGUCACACUGACACAAUGGUGCAUGAGAUUGGCCACAGCCUCGGCCUUUACCACGUCUUUCGAGGUAUAUCCGAGAUUGAAUCGUGUAAUGACGCGUGCCUGGAAACUGAGCCCUCGAUGGAUACCGGAGAUCUGUGCGCAGACACCAACCCCACUCCCAAAUACAAAGGCUGCAACGAUCCCGAGCCGGGCAACGAAACCUGCGGCUGUCGGCAUUUCACACACACGCCGUUUAACAACUACAUGAGUUAUGCAGAUGAUGCAUGCACAGACUCUUUCACACUGAACCAGGUGGCGAGGAUGCACUGCUACCUGGACCUCAUCUACCAGACCUGGCAACCUGCCUCCAAACCUCCUCCGGUGCCAAUGGCACCACAAGUGGUCGAGCAGCACCAUAAUUCCAUCACCCUGGAAUGGUUUCCACCGAUUUCUGGACACUUUUACGACAGAGAAGUGGGAUCAGUGUGUGAUAAAUGCACUGAGGGGAGAGUUCUACUGCAGUACGCCUCCAACUCUUCUUCUCCGCGGCCGUGUGCUCCUUCUGGACACUGGUCCCCUCGAGAGGCUGAAGGCCCUCCAGAUGUGGAGCAGGCUUGCGAGCCAAGUGUGCGCACCUGGAGCCCCAAUGCAGGGAUCGAGCAAGGCGUUGUUGGCCUGUCGGAGUGCCCUCUCCAGGGCUGCAUGCUUCAGCUAGAGUUCCCCUACCCGCUGGUGCCUGAUUCCUUGACCGUGUGGGUCACCUUCUUUAGUCCCGAAGAAACAGCGCUGCCAGCAAUCCAUAACAUCUUGCUGCUGACUGUCAGUGGGAACAACAUUUCACUGGGCCCCAGUAAUGUUUUCUGUGACACCCCGCUGACUCUGAAGCUGGACAUAGAGGAGGAGGUGUACGGGGUCCAGUUUUACACCAUGGAGCAACACCUGGAGAUUGACGCCACUCUCUUGGCAUCCAAGCCAGACUGCAUCCUUUGUAGGCAUUGCCAACCACUACGCUAUCGCCUGUUGCGCCAACCACCCUUCACCCAUGCACCACAUGGGCUGAUGCUAAAUGAACCUACCCGCCGAUAUACAGACAGGGAUGUGGUACCACAUGUUGUAUAUACCUACCAGGUUCAAACAAUCUCCAGCCGGAGUGAGAGCGAGCCAUCUCCGCCUCUGGUGCAUGAUCUUGGGGCGCCCUACUGUGGGGACGGACGCAUCCAGAGUUCCAAAGGGGAAGAAUGUGAUGAUAUGAACUCUGUAAACGGGGAUGGCUGUUCCAGUCAAUGCAAGAAGGAGUCCUUCUUCAACUGCAUUGAGGAGCCAAGCAUGUGCUACUACUACGAUGGCGAUGGGGUGUGCGAGGACUUUGAACGAGAAACGGGUGUGAGAGACUGUGGCCUCUACACCCCCAAUGGCUUCCUGGACCAGUGGGCUUCCACUGUUGAAGUUUCCCAUGAAGAAAAGCCCUACUGCUCUGGAGAGGUGGCUGCCGGAUAUCCUGCCGUUACUAAGACAUGUCAGUCGAAGGUGUUCGAUCUCUCUGAUGGAGUGUCCCAGUACGCGUGGUUUCCUUGCCGUGAGGCCCACCAGUCAGCAUGGGGGUAUUCUACCUAUUGGCUGAAGGCCCACUUUUCUCACCCCAUGGUGGCAGCAGCAGUGAUCAUACACUUGGCUGCUGAUGGGACCGGCUACAUUGACCAGACUCAGUGUAAUAUUACUGUGCAGUUGGUGGACACCAAGGAGGGCAUCCAUAGUCUAGGCGAGUGGCGUCUGAGCUGCCGCACCAACCCCUUGGUGAUCCCCGUGAGCCACGACCUGUCGGUGGCCUUUUACCACACCAAGGCUAUCCUGGUCAUGUUCGCUUCCCGCCUCGUGGCCAUCUCCGGCGUAGGCCUGCGCUCCUUCCAGUCGUUCGACCCCAUCACGAUCAGCGGUUGUCAGAGCAACGAGAUCUACAAUCCCACGGGGCAGAGUUGUGUACAUUAUUCGUGCGAAGCCAUUGACUGCCAGGAACCCUUAAUCCGCAAUGCAGAGCUAAAGUGCAGUAGCCCUGGCCGCCACUUCUACAACGGAGACCGCUGCACCAUCUCCUGCAACUCUGGAUACGUCCUGCAAGUCCACCAGGAUGAUGACAUCAUCAAGAGCCAGUCUGACUCUUUGGUGACUAUAACCUGUGCAAAUGGGAAGUGGAACAAACAGGUGUCAUGUGAGCCCGUGGACUGUGGUCUGCCAGACAAAUACCACGUUCAUCCCGCCCAUUUCAGCUUCCCGGAGGGCACAACCUACGGCAAGAAGAGCACCUUCCAGUGCCGGGAACCUGCCCAGCUCAUUGGUACAAACAACACUCUAACCUGCCUAGAAGACGGUCUGUGGUCCUUUCCAGAAGCUCUCUGCGAGCUCCGCUGUCCGGCCCCUCCUCCCGUACCCAACGCUGUGCUGCAGACAAAGCGUUGCAACGAGACAGGUCUAAAAGUUGGCACGCUCUGCAAGUACAAGUGCAAGCCGGGCUACCACGUUACCAACAAACCCAAAAGGCGUGCGUUUAAGCGCCAGUGCACCGAGGACGGCAGCUGGCUCGAGGGGGCAUGCGAGCCGGUGACUUGCGAUCCUCCGCCUCCCAUCUUCCACGGCUCCUAUCACUGCACCGACGGCUUCCGCUUUGACAGCGUCUGCAGACUCAACUGCACCGAUCCUGCCGGUAAUGCUGGCGCAGGGUCCAAUGCGAUCCGCUGCAGGAAGGAUGGAAACUGGACAGGGUCGUUCCGCCUCUGCCCACACAGCAAAGGCCAGUGUUCUUUACCUCAAAACCUCCAUUAUAGCCUACAGUACUCAUGCAAGCGAGGACACGGCAUAGGUGAGGAGUGCGAGCUGACGUGCAGGGAGGGUAACAACGACGUGGUGAUCCUCCCCAGCAACAUGACAGUCGAGAACGUUCUUAAAGAGCACUGGAGGAACCCGCAUAAAGUCAAGAGUAUAGUCUGCACAAUGGGACUGAAGUGGUAUCCGCACCCAGAAUUGCUCCACUGCAUCAAAGGAUGCGAGCCAUUCAUGGGAGACAACUACUGUGAUUCAGUCAACAACAGAGCCUUCUGUAACUACGAUGGAGGAGACUGCUGCCAAUCCACUGUCAAGACCAAGAAGGUGAUUCCCUUCCCCAUGUCCUGUGACAUCCGGGAUGAGUGCUCCUGUCGGGAUCCCAACGCCAUAGAGAACAGAAAGGAUGAACACGUCCAUUCCCUGGGGUGACCAACCUGAGCAGGGACCUCUGUUCAACGUCCCAGGACCCUUUCUCCAACUCAACACAGCCAGAGCGGCCGAGGCAAAACCCCCCCCCCUUCCUUCAUCCUCCCUCUCGGCCUCCAAUUUCCUGCACAUGCUGCUUAAAAGGCAUACCUCUCCAUCCAUAACGCAACUCCAACCAGCUGAAAUGCCUCCGCCUCCACAUCACAGAAAGGUCUAGGAAAAGAGGAUGGGACUCAUGAGACUCCACAAAAAAACUUCAUUUCUCAGCUAAAAGGAAAGUAACCCCUGCAAUACCAUCAU